AGGUCUGUUGGUUCAAGAAGGUCGGCCUCGAGUGCCGCGGCCGAGUCCUCCAGCACGUGGACGCUGGCCUGGUGAUCUGCAGCUUGAUGGCGGUGCAUCUCCAUCGGAGGCUUCAAGCUGGAGCGAUGGCCGUGCCCGUUUGUCCUCCGAGGAUCACCAGUGGUGCACCGUCCACGGGGCCGACGGCACCGCGCGCGGAAUCGCAACGCUUGUUGAAGGAGCCCAAGGCCGCCAGUUCCCCCGAGAGCGAAGAGGGCAAGCACAGUGAGGCUCCCGCAGCUGGGGCGACCACACUCCCGCAACAGGGGUCGGAGUUGCCUCAGCACUGAGCGCAAGGGCCCUUUGUAGUUCGAUGCGGGGUUGCGGCGAAUUCGUGCUCGACAAAUGUUCAAGCUGAUCAAGGUCUAGCCUCCCUGGGCUGAGCCCGUCUGGAGUUGUGUUCACAUCCACUUGGUUUUUGAAACUUAUUUGUCCGACAGCCCUGGGAGGCUGUCGGAUAAUGUCGUUGUCAUGUGUCAUUCCCCGUGGGCGC